AUACCCCCAUACAUAUGAGUUUGCUUACUGCACAUUCUUGCCGGAGGUCGAUCCCUUCCGCUUUCCCUCUCGUCACUGAUUCUCCUCCUCGUCCCUCUUCAUGUUAUUCACUAGGGUUCAUCCCCAAUUUGCUGUGCAGUAGGAAUAGUGGAUUUGAUGUUAGAGCUUUACCCAAGAAAUUGAGAAGAAAAAGCCUAAAACGAAAUGAGGAUUACACGAAAGACGAAAAUAGUUCAAUCUCUUAUGGUGGGGCAGAGGUAGAGGAAUUUCAGAAAGCCCCGUCCAGGAGCUCUGUGCUUCGGGCAUGCACUGUUACGUCUGGUUAUAUAGGCCUUUUGGGUCUUUUGAUUCGUCAGGCCUCUCAUUUUGCAUCAAUUGGAGGAUUGCCAAUUGCGGACUGUGCUGUUGAAAUAUCUUGGGGUUUGCAGUUGUGGCAUCUUGAGUUUAUUUUUGGGAUGGUUAUAUUGGUAUCAUCAUGCCGAUAUUUACUGCUAAAAACAUGGCCAGAUUUUGCUGAAUCCAGUGAAGCAGCAAAUAGACAGGUUCUCACUUCGCUUGAACCCUAUGAUUACAUUAUUGUGUCAUUUCUUCCCGGAAUUAGUGAGGAGUAUCUUUUUCGCGGUGCACUGUUACCACUGUUUGGUGUCAAUUUGCCAAGUGCUUUGGCUGUUGCUGUUGUCUUUGGAAUAUUACACCUGGGCAGUGGCCGAAAUUAUUCGUUUGCAACCUGGGCAACAUUUGUGGGGCUUGUCUAUGGGUAUGCUACAAUCGCAACAUCAAGUAUUGUUGUUCCAAUGGCUGCUCACGCGCUGAAUAACUUGGUCGGAAGCAUCAUAUGGAAGACCACAUCAAGUCAUUCAAGGUAGACAGCCGGCUGCACGGGAACAAUCCUACAAUUGCCCGAUCAACCACGCAAUUGCGUUUGAGAUUGAUCGAUCAUGAAGGACUGCAUCGAAACGUUAGUGGCGAUCACAAAGGAAGUGGAAGAGAAGGGAACGUUGUGUGAGAUCUGCGGUGAGACUGGAAAAACAGCGAAUGGACUGCGGCGUGUCAGCUGUCAAUGGGGAUGAAGGGCAAAAAUGGGCAAGAGAUAGGUGAAUGUUAUGAAAUGAGUAUAUUACUGGUUAAUGAACACUUUCUAUAAUUAAAAUGAACAUUAUUUGGUUUGUAAAUGAGUACUCCAUAGUUAACCUUUGUUUAUAUGAGAAAAUAAAAUAGAAGGAACAAA